ACCCCAGCCUGGACCACAGACAGAGUGAGCCUCCGUCUCAAAAUAAUAAUAAUAGUAAUAAUAAUUGGGUGAUAUCUUGAAGCUCCUACCGGAUAAAGUCCAGUUUCUUUUUUUGAAGCCCAGUUUCUUUAUCAUUAUGUGUAAGGACUUCUGUAGUCUGUGGCUCCAAAUUCCUUUUCCAGCCUUGUCUCCUGUCGUUCCUCAUCAGGGAACCUCUUGUUUUGAUGAAGCCCGGCUUUCCUGCCACGUGCCUGUAUUUUUGCACACGUUGUUUUCUUCCGCCUUACUGAAUCCCACAGUUCUUUCAGGCUCAACUCUUCAUAAAGCCUUUUCCAACUUGCCUAGCUCUGUUUACAUUUCUUUACUAUCACAGCACUUCAUGCAUGCAUUUAUGUGGUUGUUAGAUUGCUUGAUGUUUAGUAACUUGUGUUUGUUUUGGUAGCCGCCUGAUGGGUAGGCUUAUUCAGUUUUGUAUCACUAAUGUCUAAAAUAGCACUUAACACCAAGGAUACCACAAGACAAAGCCCUCACGGAGUUUAUAAUGAAUCUGAGACAUAGCAGAUACGUAAAAGUAGUUGUGGAAUGAAUUGACUGUAGAAAAAACCCUUCAAAUAUAUAAAAUUAUAUUCUAGACCAUACGUAGUGAUCUUUCUCAUGUUUUUCACACAUUCCUUCCUUUCCUUAGGAAAAACAUAGACUGGAAAGCCCAGCCCAUCCUUGUUGGCUGUCAUACACGAGUGCUGUCUCCAAGGGAGUCAUAGGUGUCUCAGAUGUGAGAGGAUCCCGGGGAGAUUGAGCUUACUACCUGGGAACUUGUGGAUUUCUGGAGAAGCAGGCUGUGGUAGCCUGGCUGUGCGUCAGUGAAUACCCGGGAAAGGAGCUGGAGCUCUAUUUUGCUUGCUUUCUGUAUUUGUUUCUUUUAGAGCUAAUGGGGACACAAUAUUUUGAAGUUUUUCCAUUUCAGGUCUAUGGCAUUUAGUGGUAUUUUCCUUAUAGUUAUGUUUUCCAAAUACUUUUCAAUUUCUUUGGUUCUGACAUUUCACAAUGAUUUUUAAAAAAAUGUAAUAUGGAAAUUAAACUUGAGGUUUUCAGAAGCUGCUUUCAAGGUUUCUAGAUGCAGAGAAAAGAAUAUCACCGUAGGAAGUGCACUGGACUAGGGGAGUCAGGAGACCCGGGUUCUUGCGUUGGCGCCGUCACUCAUGAGCUACGAGGUGAAUUCAGGCGAGUCCUCCCGGAGCCCCAGUUUAAUCAUGGCACAAUUAUAGGAUUGCUUUGAGGCUCAAAUGAGAAUAUAGGAAAGAACUGCAAAAGCUGUAAAGCACUUAGGAGCUAUCGGAUAGUGGAGAGCUUCAAAACCAAGGAAGACAGCCUACACUGUAGAAGAAGUGCUGCAGCUGUGCAUUUAUUCGUUUAAUCAGCAAUUAUUUAUGAAGCAAUGUAUGUUGCAUGCUGGGUGUAAGUACCUCUCUACUCCUUCCCACUAGAACAGAGAGCUUUUAGUCUGGGAUGGAAGAUGUAUUAAAUACAGACUUAUACAAAUAAUUGUUACUAAUAUAAAAUGUAAUAUAUCGCAAUUAUAUUAAAACAAUAAUUUGUAUAAGACAUGUUAAAUGCACACUUAGCCAAAAAAUUGUUACAAGUAUCUCGGAUGUGUGGGGUGGUUUUAUUCCUGCGAAGUGCUUCCUGCCUUGAGUGAAUACUUUUAUGGUGCUGGAGUUGAGAGAUAACACAGGUAACUGUUGAAAUUGGGCCAUUCCCAUUUCACAGGCUGCCAUUGGACCUGUGGAGUGCCUGAGUCAUUGUGAUAAUGGGCCACAUUGCAGGACCCCUGGGCCAUCUCCACAGGAGAUGCCAGAGGACAAGUGCCCACUUGCUGAUCUUCACGGAGCACCCUGAAAUGAGACGGUUUAAGCGGAAGCAUCUUACUGCCAUCGACUGCCAGCAUUUGGCUCGGAGUCACUUGGCUGUGGCCCAUCCCUUCGGUCAGAGAUGGACAAACAGAGAUCCGAACCAUGGUCUCUAUCCUCAACCCAGAACAAAAAGAGGGAGUAGGGGUCAGGGACGUCAAAGAUGUAUCCCUGAGUUCUUCCUAGCAGGCAAGCGGCCGUGCACCAAUGACAUGGCCAAAAGCAAUUCUGUUGGCCAGGACAGCUGUCAGGACUCUGAGGGUGACAUGAUCUUUCCUGCAGAGAGCAGCUGUGCACUGCCUCAGGAAGGCAGUGGAGAAGCAUGGCUGGGCUCAUCAGGGUCUGCCCCGCCCUCCAGGAAGCGGUCUCGGUCCUCUGAGGAAGAGAGUAACCAGGCUACCGGGACCAGCCUGUGGGAUGGAGUUUCUAAGAAAGCUCCGCGGCACCAUUUGACUGUGCCAUGCACAAGGCCUAGGGAGGCCAGGCAAGAAGCAGAGGACAGUACGUCUCGACUCUCUGAGGAGUCUGGAGAAACCGACCAAGAUGCUGGGGACGUGGGUCCUGAUCCCAUUCCUGACUCAUACUAUGGGCUUCUUGGGACCUUGCCCUGCCAGGAAGCACCAAGCCACAUUUGUAGCCUGCCUAGUGAGGUCCUGAGGCACGUGUUUGCCUUCCUCCCGGUGGAAGACCUCUAUUGGAACCUGAGCUUGGUGUGCCACCUGUGGAGGGAGAUCAUCAGUGACCCUCUGUUCAUUCCGUGGAAGAAGCUGUACCAUCGAUACCUGAUGAACGAAGAGCAAGCUGUCAGCAAAGUGGACGGCAUCCUGUCUAACUGUGGCAUAGAAAAGGAGUCAGACCUGUGUGUGCUGAACCUCAUACGAUACACGGCCACCACUAAGUGCUCCCCGAGUGUGGAUCCCGAGAGGGUGCUGUGGAGUCUGAGGGACCACCCGCUCCUCGCCGAGGCUGAGGCGUGUGUGCGGCAACACCUCCCUGACCUCUACGCUGCUGCCGGGGGUGUCAACGUCUGGGCCCUGGUGGCGGCUGUGGUGCUCCUCUCCAGCAGUGUGAAUGACAUCCAGCAACUGCUCUUCUGCCUCCGGAGACCCAGCUCCACGGUGACCAUGCCAGAUGUCACCGAGACCCUGUACUGCAUAGCCGUGCUUCUCUACGCCAUGAGGGAGAAGGGGAUUAACAUCAGCAAUAGGAUUCACUACAACAUUUUCUAUUGCCUAUAUCUUCAGGAGAAUUCCUGCACUCAGGCCACAAAAGUUAAAGAGGAGCCAUCUGUCUGGCCAGGCAAGACAACCAUCCAACUUACACAUGAACAACAGCUGAUUCUGAAUCAUAAGAUGGAACCUCUCCAGGUGGUGAAAAUCAUGGCCUUCGCAGGCACUGGGAAGACCUCAACCCUGGUCAAGUACGCAGAGAAGUGGUCUCAGAGCAGGUUUCUGUAUGUGACGUUCAACAAGAGCAUCGCAAAGCAGGCCGAACGCGUCUUCCCCAGCAACGUCAUCUGCAAAACCUUCCAUUCCAUGGCCUACGGGCACAUAGGGCGGAAGUACCAGUCGAAGAAGAAGUUGAAUCUCUUCAAGUUAACACCUUUCAUGGUCAACUCCGUCCUUGCUGAAGGGAAGGGUGGAUUCAUAAGAGCCAAGCUCGUGUGUAAGACUCUGGAGAACUUCUUUGCCUCCGCUGACGAAGAGCUGACCAUAGAUCACGUGCCUAUUUGGUGUAAGAACAGCCAAGGACAGAGAGUCAUGGUUGAGCAGAGUGAAAAACUGAAUGGUGUCCUUGAAGCAAGCCGCCUCUGGGAUAACAUGCGGAAGCUGGGGGAGUGCACAGAAGAGGCGUACCAGAUGACUCAUGACGGCUACUUGAAACUCUGGCAGCUGAGUAAGCCUUUGCUGGCCUCUUUUGACGCCAUCUUUGUGGAUGAGGCCCAGGACUGCACACCAGCUAUCAUGAACAUAGUUCUGUCUCAGCCAUGUGGGAAAAUCUUUGUAGGGGACCCGCACCAGCAGAUCUAUACCUUCCGGGGUGCGGUCAACGCCCUGUUCACAGUGCCGCACACCCACGUCUUCUAUCUCACGCAGAGUUUUCGGUUUGGUGUUGAAAUAGCUUAUGUGGGAGCUACUAUCUUGGAUGUUUGCAAGAGAGUCAGGAAAAAGACUUUGGUUGGAGGAAACCAUCAGAGUGGCAUUAGAGGUGACGCAGAGGGGCAAGUGGCCUUGUUGUCCCGGACCAACGCCAACGUGUUUGAUGAGGCCGUACGGGUGACGGAAGGGGAAGUCCCUUCAAGGAUACAUUUGAUUGGGGGGAUUAAAUCAUUUGGAUUGGACAGAAUCAUUGAUAUUUGGAUCCUUCUUCAGCCAGAGGAAGAACGGAGGAAACAAAACCUCGUCAUUAAAGACAGAUUUAUCAGAAGAUGGGUGCACAAAGAAGGCUUUAGUGGCUUCAAGAGGUAUGUGACCGCUGCUGAGGACAAGGAGCUGGAAGCCAAGAUCGCAGUUGUUGAAAAGUAUAAUAUCAGGAUUCCAGAGCUGGUGCAAAGGAUAGAAAAAUGCCAUAUAGAGGAUUUGGACUUUGCAGAGUACAUUCUGGGCACUGUGCACAAAGCCAAAGGCCUGGAGUUUGACACUGUGCAUGUUUUGGAUGAUUUUGUGAAAGUGCCUUGUGCCCGGCAUAACCUGCCCCAGCUUCCCCACUUCAGAGUUGAGUCAUUUUCUGAGGAUGAAUGGAAUUUACUGUAUGUUGCAGUAACUCGAGCCAAGAAGCGUCUCAUCAUGACCAAAUCAUUGGAAAACAUUUUGACUUUGGCUGGGGAGUACUUCUUGCAAGCAGAGCUGACAAGCAACGUCUUAAAAACAGGCGUGGUGCGCUGCUGUGUGGGACAGUGCAACAAUGCCAUCCCUGUCGACACCGUCCUCACCAUGAAGAAGCUGCCCAUCACCUAUAGCAACAGGAAGGAAAACAAGGGGGGCUACCUGUGCCACUCCUGCGCGGAGCAGCGCAUCGGGCCCCUGGCGUUCCUGACGGCCUCCCCGGAGCAGGUGCGCGCCAUGGAGCGCACCGUGGAGAACAUCGUGCUGCCCCGGCACGAGGCCCUGCUCUUCCUCGUCUUCUGAGGCCAAGGCGCACGUUCUCCGCAGUGCAGAGCAGCUUGCCGAGGACCCCACGUGAAGAAAGCCAGCGAGGGGGCUCCCGCUCCCUGAGACUCUGGGUUCACCCACAGCACUUUCUGAGGAAGAGGACACCAGCCCAAGCUGGACCUGCCAUUUCUCCACUCCCUACAGACAGCCAGUCUCCACUUGCCUCCGCUCCAGACGUAUCUGGUCGGGGAAGUGGGGGAUGUUCUUUUGAUAAAAAAAAAAAAAAAAACAUUUUAUGUAUUUAAACUUUUAUUACAAGAUUUCAAUUAAACAGGCACCAUAGCACUGGCA